AUGUGUUCUCCCAAUGCCACUGAGCUUCACCCUUCUUCAUUCCUAUUGCUGGGGAUUCCAGGACUGGAAGCUGUGCAAAUCUGGCUUGGCUUUCCCUUCUGUAUUGUGUAUCUGAUUGCUCUUGUUGGAAACCUUGUCAUUCUGUUUCUGAUCUGGACUGAUCACAGCCUCCACCAACCCAUGUUCUACUUUCUGGCCAUGCUGUCAGCAUUUGAUCUGAGUCUCUCUACUGCUACUAUCCCCAAGAUGCUGGGCAUCUUCUGGUUCGGCCUUCGAGAACUGUGCUUUGGAUGCUGUGUUGCUCAAGUCUUUUUUAUCCACUUUUUUACAGUCAUGGAAAGCAUUGUACUUCUUGCAAUGGGCUUUGAUCGCUAUGUGGCUAUUUGCAACCCUCUCAGGUACACCAUGAUCCUCACCAACAGGAUCAUUGGUGUCAUUGCUGCGGUUGUGGUUCUAAGAAGCUUAUGCAUGAUUGCUCCCAUCAUUUUCCUCCUCCUAAGGCUGCCUUACUGUGGACAUAGAAUCAUCCCUCAUACCUACUGUGAGCAUAUGGGAGUGGCACGUCUGGCAUGUGCCAGCAUCAGUGCCAAUGUCUACUAUGGUCUUGGAAAUAUUUCCAUCUUAUUUUUGGAUGUGCUAUUUAUCAUUAUCUCCUAUGCUAGGAUUUUAUGCACAGUCUUUUACCUUCCUUCCCAAGAUGCUCGCCUGAAGGCUCUUAAUACCUGUAGCUCCCAUAUCUGUGUCAUCUUAGCCUUCUUUGGUCCAGCUCUUUUCUCCUUUCUCACUCAUCGUUUUGGUCAUAACAUCCCUCAGUACAUCCAUAUCCUCCUAGCUAAUCUCUAUGUGGUCAUACCACCCGCCCUCAACCCAGUCAUUUAUGGAAUUAGAACCAAGCAGAUCCAAGAGCGAGUGAAAGGUCUCUUUGCUAAAAAAUACUGA